AUGGCCGAUACUGAGAGCACUCCGCUUUUGAAUCAAAGAGAAGAACCAUCAUCGUUCGAAUCUUUGCGUAAACGUUUACUCACGCGUGAAACUUUAAUUUUACUAUUAUUGGGUUUGAUAUUGGUGUUUCUAGUGUUAAAUGUGAUUUUAUUUAUUGUACAAACGGAUGAACCUAAACUUCCCUCGGGUAUAUCGGAUGUACCAAAUCAUUAUCAGUUGCGUGUUAGUAGUCGUUUUGCAAUAAACUUUCGAUGGGAUUAUGUUCUUGAGGCAGCACCACCACUUGAUUUAACUUCUUUACCGAAUCGUGAGAAUAAAAAACAAGUGAAAGACUAUCUUUUGGAGCUAAACGAAAAAUAUUCAUCCUCCGACAAAAUUGCUUCAAAUAAUAACAACCUUACUAAUUUUGAAGAUCCUGACACGCCUGAAUUCGCUGAACUAGUUUCACGAUCUAACAAGCUUUGGAGUCCUGCAUAUUACGAAGCACGUGAAUAUAGAGAGGAUGAAAAUGGUCUAGUUUCUCUGGUAGCGUCUACAAUCGCAUCUGAGGAAUCCAAUUUCUUUUCGUUGACACCAUCCGUCAUCAUUUCAUUUACACGUGCGAAAAAACUUGAGGCCACCAAUAUUCAAUCUUGUCAAUACAAGAUCACGUGGACAAGCCCAGUGUCUGAUGGGUUGAUCAAACGAAAAUGUCCACGAGCGGGUGAAUGGAGAUAUAGAACGAUCUCUAUCGUUAAAGGAACAAGUGAAUGGGGAAUGGAAUUUUUCGAUGCUAAUGAAGAUCUGCAUUACGCUGUUGCUACUCGUCCUUCGUACCAUUGGAAUUCUCUGCAGAAGAGAAUUGUAUUAUCUUAUCCGGAUGCGCCAUUCCCACCGAUAUUACCAGCUAUCUAUACGGCUUACUAUGAUUAUCAUACCAAUAGGAAAAAUGCCAAGGAUCUAAGGCUGCAAGAAAAAGAAAAUCAAUAA